AAUACCAAGAAACUCCCCCAUAUAUUUAUGGAACUCUUGCUGAUGUCUAAAGACAUAGCAGCAUUGUUUCCAAGGUUUUUUUUUCAGCCAUGGCCUUGACUGUCGAGCAACGAUUCUUCCUUGCAAUUCUAGUUAUUGCCUUCCCUUUCUCAGCAAUAAGUGGAGAUCCUGAUAUUCUCUCUGAUUUUGUGGUUCCACCAGGAACCAAUAAUACUCUACUGGAUGGAAACUUCUUCACCUAUACCGGCAUAAGACCACUCGUUAACUCUACUCCACCAACAAAUUUCACUGUCACGAAAGCAACCAUGGUUGAGUUUCCUGCCCUUAAUGGCCAAAGUGUUUCCUAUGCUGUUUUACAGUACCCUGCUGGCUCUGUUAACCCUCCUCAUACUCAUCCUCGUGCCACCGAGCUUUUGUUUCUCACCUAUGGCAUACUUGAAGUUGGGUUUGUGGACACUACUAACAAGCUGUUUACGCAAAGACUUGAAGCCGGUGACAUGUUUGUGUUUCCCAAGGGAUUAGUCCAUUAUCAGUUCAACUGUGCGGAUAACGAUUCUGCAAUGGCGAUUUCAGCCUUUGGUAGUGCAGCUGCCGGCACUGUCUCUGUUCCUUCUACGGUGUUUGGGACUAACAUAGAUGAUGACAUCUUAGCAAAGUCUUUCAAGACUGAUGUUUACACAAUUCAGAAGCUCAAAGAAGGAUUCCCACCCAAGGCCUGAGAAGGGGAUUCUAAUUUCUAAGCUAUUAGCAAUGAUUCCAGCUUUGGGGUUCUAAUAUUUGGUUAAAUAUGUAUGUCUGGUCUUAUUCUGCUGC